GUCGUGUUAAUGGUGAUGUGAUGACCCAAGCCCACGAGCCUCUGAACGUGAUGGAUUCAACCACAGAUUAUUCUACGAAGACCGCGCGAGGCGUUCACCUCUCCAAGCCUCUGGCCUUCAUCAUCCUCGUCAUUUUCGGGCUGACACUUGUCACUGCAUCACUCCUAGUAUAUAACUACGCCGCUUGCCCGCGAACCGACCAAUUAGCGAACGUCACCAAGUACGAGAUCUGCCACUGUGACCAAUCAAAGCUCUCAGUGAUACCUUUAAAAACAGAACGCCCUAAAAUCGAACCAAUAGAAACGACUACAGAGCCACCUAAAGAAAUAGUUUUAUCACCAAGCGACCUCAGGCUACCUGAGAAUGUCAAGCCAGAACGGUAUUACUUGAAGAUCACUCCUUAUUUAAUAGAAGGAAAUUUUACAUUCGACGGCGAAGUCAGUGUAGUGUUAACUGUUUUGAAUGAGACUGAUCAAGUAGUGUUUCAUGGUGUUGAAUUGACGUUGCAUGAUGUGAAACUCUAUGGGAGGGAAGAUGGAAGACCGGUGGUGAUCACUCGAAGAACUGAAGAGCCGUUACGUCAUUUUCACAUAGUGAGUCUGGGGCAACCUUUGGAUACUGGAAAGCAAUAUGUUUUGAAUAUAUCGUAUACUGGAAUACUGAAUGACAAUUUGCACGGAUUCUACCGAAGUUCGUACGAAGAGAAAGGUGUUAAGAGAUGGAUCGCAGUAACUCAAUUCCAGGCGAUGGACGCCCGCCGAGCGUUCCCGUGCUGGGACGAACCCGCCCUCAAGGCUCGCUUCACCAUCAGCAUAGCACGACCAUCCAAUAUGACGUCACUCUCCAAUAUGGACAUAAUUCGCAAAGAGCCGCACAAAACCUUACCUAACUACACUUGGGACCACUACUCCGAAUCCCUGCCAAUGUCAACGUACUUAGUUGCUUUUACGGUAACGGACUUCCAGAACAUGACUGAUAGGAACUUUUCGGUAUGGGCCCGGAAAGAGGCUCUGCCAUCAGCCGCCUUUGCCUUGGAGAUAGGCCCAAAGAUACUGAGGUUUCUGGAGGACUACUACAAAAUAAAGUUCCCAUUGCCCAAGAUUGAUAUGAUAGCGUUGCCAGAUUUCAAGAAUGGAGCUAUGGAGAAUUGGGGCUUGUUGACUUUUAGAGAAAUAGCAAUGCUUUAUGAGAACGGUGUGUCGGCUACGAUGGACAAGGUGCACGUGGCGACGGUGGUGGCGCAUGAGAUCGCGCAUCAGUGGUUCGGGAACCUGGUCACUCCGUCCUGGUGGAGGGACUUGUGGCUCAACGAAGGCUUCGCCACGUACGUGGAGUACGUUGCUGUGGACGCUGUGGAGAAAUCAUGGAACAUAACAGAAAUAUGCAUUCUGGACCAAGUUCACAACGUGUUCCAGUUAGACGCUCUGAACUCUUCGCACCAGCUGUCUGUUGACGUGACUGCUUCAGAGGAGACUGAUGCUAUUUUCGACAAAAUUUCUUAUGGGAAAGGAUCUGCUCUGCUUCGGAUGUUGAAUCACAUCUUAACAGACGAGGUUUUCAACGCCGGAGUGACGGAUUACCUCAAUGCGAAGAUGUAUGGCAAUGCAGAGCAACGCGACCUCUGGAGUGCGCUCACAACCGCGGCGAGGAAGAAGGGAGACUUCGACGCUGACGUCGCGGUGGUCAUGGACUCCUGGACGCUGCAGACUGGCUUUCCGGUCCUCACAGUGUCUAGGGAUUACAAGACUGGAAGCAUAUCACUAAGCCAGGAGCGAUUCGUUCUGAUAAACGAAACGACGCAGAAGUCGCCGGUGUGGUGGAUACCGGUGUCAUACACUACGGCUUCGGAGAAGGACUUCCAUUCGACGCAGCCGCGGCUUUGGCUGAAGGGCGAGAAGGCGAUAGUCAGCAAUAUAACCGCGAAGAAGGAGGACUGGUUCAUAGCCAAUAUACAGCAAACAGGUUUUUACCGAGUCAACUACGACCAGCGAAAUUGGGAGCUGCUCAUAAAGAUCCUGAAGGAUCCAAAGAGGUUCCAGGAUAUUCACAUCAUCAACAGAGCUCAGAUGGUGGACGACGCGAUGAACCUGGCGUUGACUGGCAGGCUGGACUACAAGACCGCUCUAGAUGUAACGAGUUAUCUGGCGCACGAGAGAAGCUAUGUGCCGUGGAAGGCUGGACUAUCAGCUUUAGGGUACAUUGAUACGAUGCUUUCGAAAGGAGCGAAUUAUUUGGAAUAUGGUCGCUACGUCCUCCGGCUGCUCAGUGGUGCAGUAGACGAAGUAGGAUGGGAAGUGACAGCCAACGAGAGCGUCAUCACGGCGCAGUACCGCGUGGACCUCCUCGCCUCUGCCUGCCACUUCGAGCACCCUGACUGCAUGGAGAACGCGGUCAGGAUGUACGCUAACUGGAUGCUGGCGCCUAACCCUGAUGCUUAUAAUGAGAUCCCAGUGGAAGUGAGAGGCAUAGCGUACUGCGUGGGGGUGCGCGCGGGCGGCGCUCGCGAGUGGCAGUUCGCGUGGUCGCGCCUGCGAGCCGCCGCGCCGGCCGAGCGGCAUCGACUCCUCUCGGUACUAGGGUGUACCAGAGCCCCGCAUCUUCUGCACAGAUAUCUGGAGUUAGCGCUUCGCAAUGACAGCGGAAUUCGGAAGCAAGAUGUGGUUCGCGUGUUCUCCGCAGUAGCGGGAACGGCUAUAGGACAACCUAUUGCUUUUAACUUCAUCAGAGCAAAUUGGCAGAGGCUAAGGUCUUUUGUCGGCUCCAUAUCAACUCUUAACCUGAUCGUCAAGGUUGUCACGAGGAGAUUGAACCAGCGGCAUGAGUAUGAAGAACUAAAAAGGUUCGUGACAGAGUCCUGCAGUGACCUUGGGCGUCCAGUUCAGCAGGUACUGGAGUCAAUAUCAGCCAAUGUUCAGUGGCGGGAGAGAAACUACCAAACUAUUGUCGACUGGCUAUUAACGGCCGAGAAAAUCGCUGAGGCCAGCUAAGCAUAUUUAGUUAAGGUUUUGUAUAAAUUAGUAAUGUCCAAUGUAGGCUUUGAAGACAGGCAGAUGCAAGCGGGCUAUAUAAGUUAUGGUGGAGUUGUUUCGAUCCUUUAAAAUAAAGGGAGCAUGUAUAUUGAAUAAACGUUAUUAAUUACCCAAGUACCAACUCAUGGAAGUUAUAAUUUUCAUGUUAAUGUUGCACAAUUUUAAGCAAAUGUAAUAUAAUUAAUGCCCAGAUGUUGGCGGAUUGAUUAUCAUGAAUGUUUGUCUGCUCAAUAUCAAAAUAACAAGAUAUUAAAGUUAAUAAGCCGUGGUGCAAGGUAAUUAGUCUGUUGUAAAAUCGUUUUUUUUGAUUUUGGCUUUCAGAUAAGUAUUUGUACUGCAGAUAUUUGUUUGUGCUUCAUUCAUUUCAUCAUCAUACAUUGUUUCAUUCACUCCAUCUACAUCAAAGUCGAUAACAAACUUAUAUUUUACUAUAUCAGAGGCUGCAAUCUCAGCAUAUUAUUAUCAAAUUUGCUGUGGCCUCUGUCUAAAUUGCUGCUUAAUUUCUGCAUACCGUUAGGUUUAAGUUAAUGACAACAGCUCCAAGAUUAUGUGACUCUUGGAUAGUUAAUAAUUAUUACAAACAAAAACCUUCUUGGUCCACCUUAAUGUGUGUUGGCCGCUUCGCAUCAAAGGAUUGACGUGGAUCUUCAUUGAUAUGUAUAGGAAUGUCUUUUACCUGCUUAAUUGAAAUGUCAGUAUUUUUGUACUAUUGCUUUAUUAGAAUAUUUUAUCGAAUAAAAGAUCUUUAUAUAUAAUUUAGUUCCUGGUCUUGUUUCAACAUAUGAUGUGUAUUUUGUGAAUAAAUUCGAACGAAUAUUCUAGUGCAUCAAAUUUGGAACAUCAGAAUUAAGUCAUGCACAAAUUUGUAAUGGUUCUGAAUAUUAUGUCUAAAUCAUGAUCAUAGCAUAUAGUAUACUGCGCAGACGUGCGACUGACAAGUUGGACCAGACACAUGACACAAAUUUCCUGCAACGGACUGUCAACAUUUUCAAACAAUUAUGAAAUGACAACUGCUUCAACCAAACUAAUGCAAUAAGUUGCUGCAAUUUUGUGUCAUGUGUUUGGAGGAUGUGCAAGGUUUUCAAGAUUUAGGUUAGUUGCGAUAUUUAAUUUAAAUAUCUGUACUAUAUUGUAAAAUUGAGUCCGCUCUGAUUCCUAAUUAUAUCGUAUUUAUGGACAGAAUGACGACUCCGCAUUCCAUAUCCGCAGCAGUGACGUAUAAUCUAAUAACUGAUUUAUUUAUCGGUUGAUGUGUCCCGAAAUGAAUAUAUUUCUAAGAAAUCUAUGAUUAGAACCCCAGUAACCCUAUUUAGUUCCUGUUGUAAUCUUGUCUUUUAUGUAUAUAACUUGUACGAACAUGAUGUUUUAAAUUUGCCAGGCGUCCCUUGAAGGCUCAUAUUUUUUAACUCUACAAGCAUAGUUUUCCACACGAGGUUAGAAUAAACGUUACGGAGUAUUAAGGAACAGAUAAUAUUCCACUCGUAUGAAUUUAAUUAUAUUAAGCACACGGCUGGUCACAUGUUUGUUAUAGUGAUUAUAAAUAAUAAUAUCAGCCUUGUAUUAUAUACUGUCCCACUGCUGGGCACGGGCCUCCUCUACUACGGAGAGCGGAUAGGCCUAAGGCCACGUUGGCCUAGUGCUGAUUGUCAGACUUUAAAUACCCUCAAAAUUCUUACAAAGAAGUUCUCGGGUAUGCAGGUUUCCUUACAAUGUUUUCCGUCACCGUUAAAGCAAGCGAUAAUUCACAAAGAAUACACACAUAACUAGAAAAGUCAGAGGUGCGUGUUCUUGGAUUUUGAAACUGCGGACAAUUGUCUGCAGUCCGUUCCACUCCGAAUUAGGCUAUAUGUAGUUGCACAUUCACGUACAGGAAUACGCAAUAGCUAUUUUAUGUUCCGCAAUACAAAUUACAAGUCAUAAAAUGUGACAUCACAGAAUAGGUACUCCACUUAUUGCUUAUUAAGCCAAGGUUAAGGUAACAAAGUUUAUAUCUAAACUAUAAAUUAAUAACGAUAAAUUGGUGAAUUUAUAGCGUUAUGAAGGCCUAAAAGAUAUACCGAAAGUAAUCAAAGUAUUUAGAUAAAAGUUUUUCUGUAUUUUUCGCUAGAUGGCGCUAGUAGAUUACUUUUUCGGUCAUGAGAUUCUAAAAUAAUCGGGCAUUGGAAUUUUUUAAAGACCAUAGUGUUUAAUAUACUUUAUGGAAAUUAGCAAAUAUAUUGGCGUCAUUAGCAUUAUUGGGACGGGUACCAAAGCUUCGGAGUAUAAAAGAGCCAAGAUGGCGGAGAUAGUCGAUAGACGACGCAAGAUCUGGAACGAAGAUACAUCUUAUUUUACUAACAUUAUACAUGCGAAUGUUUGUGAUUUCAAUAAGUUUCGGAUGUUUGCUAGAAAAUGUAUGAAUGACUGAACCGAUUUGGAUGGAAUUUGACAAACGGGUAGAUCAUGUCCUAGAUUAACACAUAAUAUUUUUCACAGUAAUUUUCUCGUAUGGGAAAUACUUAAAUUUAUAAUGAAGUCUGCUGGCAUUGUUCACGUGGUGUUAGAAUCGCUUCACUGAUCUAUGGACUUUAGUAGCGGACAAACUCUACCGUGGACGAAGCCGCAAGCAAUACUUAGUGACUUUAGUAUGAAAUCUUACUUUACUUCACUUCUGAAUAAUAAAGAAUAAAUAUAACAGGCAGAAUAGGUCUCAUAAUAGGAAAUUAAAUCUCUAAUUAUAUUGAGCAUAUCUACAACUAACCUAAUCUUUCCAACAAACAUACAAACAACGCUUUCAAUCCAUUUUGGAAUCGUAUUUUCACGACACAAUAUUAUAUUUAAAUUAGUAUAUAUCUUUGUAAUACGCUGGUAAGUGUAAAUUUGGAAGUAGCUGUUUAUUUUAAUACAUUUGCUUUGAUAUUGUUAAAUGUAUUAUUUCAGUA